GGGACGCGUGUCACACAGUUCUACAGUACAUACAGUACACUCAUCACCCAGUAUACGCUUCUCCUGGCAUUCAAAAUGUCAGAUAUCUCCCUCAUCAACUCUGCCCACCAGCCAGGGCAUACAUGUCUUGCUUUCGCUAAGGAUGGCUCGCGAAUCUACACUGGAGGCUCCGAUUCUCUGGUUCGAAUAUGGAAAACAAACCUUGGUGCAGAACAAGAACCAGAUGUUGCUAUUGAAGCUAUGGACGGGAUCACGACUGUCGCUGCAGGGAACAACGCGUGGUUCUCUGGCUCAGAAGAUGCCGACGUUCGACAGUAUGAAAAAGACAAACACGAAGUCUCGGGCCUUGUUACAACUGCAAUAGGUGUACCAAUUCGAUGCGUUGCUGUAGAUCCCAAAGGUCAACGAAUAACGGUCACGUCGGAUGAACCUACUGUGAAAGUGAUUGACAUAGAAGAUACGACGAAGAUGUUUGUGCUGAAAGGUCAUACCAAAGCAGUUCGCCAAGCUACAUGGCAUCCAUCAGGGUCUCUCUUAACUACCUCUGGCGCAGAUGGCAAGAUUGUUGCAUGGGACGUCUCGGAUAGCGAGCCUAAGAAUAUAACCACAAUUGAAGGGAUUAUACCCGAAGUAUACGACACCGACUCUGCAGAUUUCCGUCAUGAUUGUUCCGCUGUAUGGCACACGUCGGGACAGUACUUCAUUGUCGCGACCCGCGCACACGAAAUCAUUAGCAUCUCCCGGACGACCUGGUCCAAAUCCGCAACUUUCUCCGAUCCUUCAUGUUCAGGCGCAACCACCGCACUCGCACUGUCACAUAAUGGCAUUUAUCUUGCUUCUGCCUCUACAUCCGGAAUUUCCAUCUGGUCGACUCAGACUCGCCGUCUUCUUUUCAGAUACCAAGGCUCUGUCACAGCUCCCGUGACCAAGAUAGCAUUCUCGCCUACACAGAAUUUGCUAGCGUGGAUAGACACUGACGGCGUCUUGACUCGAUGGCCUGACCCCAUACCUUCCAGUAGUCCUGACCCUGUGAAGUUGAUUUCUGUUGGCGCAGCGGUUGGUAUCCCGAAAAAGAGAGGUACAACCCCUAAUCUUUUCGGGGACGACGUGGAAGAGAAAGACGAUGCAAGCAAAGCUAAGGACCUUAAUUUGGAUGAGGAGGACGAGUAUGACGCGACAAUGGGGGACUUGGAUGAUGACAACUGGAUUUUGGACGAUAUCGGUGGAGGGUUACAGGACGAUGACGGAGAUGCGAAGUGGGCUGCCAAAGAAGGUAUCAAGGAAAUGGUGAGUGUCACCAAAGCGCAACCUCCUUUCCAGCCUGGUUCCACGCCUAUGGAGAACAAAAAACGAUACCUUGCAUACAAUAUGAUUGGAGUCAUUGAGGUUACAGAUCAGGACACCCACCAUAUUGUGAAUGUCGAAUUCCAUGACCGGUCCGCAAGGAAAAGCUACCAUUUUACGGAUCACUUCAAAUAUGAGCUUGCUUCAUUGGGUGAGCGUGGCGCGCUAUAUGCCUGCCCGCCAGAGGCUUCUCACCCUGCCCAUGUCCUCUACAAGCCAUAUGGUACGUGGGCUUCCCAAUCCGAGUGGCAGUAUGAGCUUCCGCAAGGCACUCGUGUAAUCGGACUUGCCGCUGGUGGCCCUCCUCCUACCCAGUCUAUGCGUCAAAAGAAUGACAUGGAUAUCCAAGGCAAUGGCAACGUUGUCAUUGCGACAAGCGACGGCGAACUGAUCUUUUUGACCGGCGGUGGCGUGGAGAGACACGUCAUGAGUCUUCCAGGUGAUUUUGUAUGCAUGUGUGCAGGAAGAGAGUGGGUUUUUAUUGUCACGAGGGAUGGGAGCACCACUAUGGACGGUUCACAGAAUCUUACAGGUCGGCUGAUCAAGUUCGAUGAUUUCUGUAUGUUGCAGAAAGACACCGUUCCAAUACCCAAAGGACACACUUUGAAAUGGAUUGGUAUAUCUGAAGAGGGUGCACCCAUCAUUUAUGAUUCUUCAGGUGUAUUGAAUGCCCUUCCCCGAUUCAGGAUACCUUUCGCCGCAACUUGGACCCGAGUACUCAAUACGAAUACGCUGGACCGCAAAGAGGGGAAACACGAAUCGUACUGGCCCGUCGGUGUUUCGGGCGAAACGUUCAUGUGUCUCAUUCUUAAGGGAAGGCAAGAGCAUCCUGGCUUCCCUAGACCGCUUAUUCAAGAACUUCCUCUCAAGUUCCCAUUUAAGCGAACCGAUGCGAAGGAAGGUCCGCUUGAGGAACAAUUCGCUCGUGAGACUAUGCUCCUGGACAUCCUGCGUGAUGGCCUCGACGAAGAUGAACUGACCAGUACGGACAUCUCACGCCGUGAACUCGCACUCGACAAGUCUCUCAUUCAGCUUAUCCAAUUCGCUUGCAAGAACGACAAACUCUCUCGUGCGCUCGACAUAGCGAAACUUCUCCACCAUACUGCUUCCUUCGAUAUGGCCAUCAAAGUCGCUGGUUUCUAUCACUUAAUUGGUUUGCAAGAGAAGCUAGAAGCAUUGAAAGAUGAUAGAGAAGACGGUCCUGACAAGCUGGAAGCACAGCGAGAAAGGAGACGAGAUAGGAAUGCACAAUUUGUGCCUAUACCCGACAACAAGAGAUAUUCAACUUUCGCGGCGGAGCCAGCAAGACCGAAACCCUUCCAGGACUUCAGACCACCGCCUGCAAUUCCGAGGCCUGGACUAGAACGAGCAGCCGGAGCCUCUACAAAGGCAACUGGUACAUCACAAAUCACUGAGAGCAGCCAGUUCUCGAUGGAUGAUGAGCCCUCAUUCGAUUUCAACGCACAUCAAGAUAUUGAGAAUUCGAAUUAUUCUCAGGAGUCAUCGCCCGACGGGAAGCGGAAACGGUUUGAGGAAGAUAGCAAUGCGGAGAAUGAUGCUAAAAGACGUGCCGUUGGGGAUUCAGCAGGUGAUAUGAGAACGGCCCAAGCUCGUUCAAAUCCGUUUGCUCGAAAACCUGGUGCUGUCGACAACCGAAAUCCUUUUACCAAGAGUACAGAGACGAACAAGUCAGUGCACAAGAGCGACAGCUUUUUCAACAAGAUCGACGCGGCGGAAACCGAGAAACCCAAACGUACUACAACAGCAAAAGGAAAAUCAAAGGAUAAGAAAGAGACUGGCCGACAAACGACUUUGUUCGGUCUCCCGGCUGUUCCUCCCCCAGAGAAGAAGGCGCCAGGCCGUAAGAAAAAAGCGAACGUUGCUGAAGAGUCCCAAUCCCAAUCCCAACGAGGCUCUGCAGAACCCACUGCGAAACCUGCGGAAGAAAAGACGUCUGCUGAGAGCCAGGACACCGAUGUCACUAUGCUCGAGUCCCAAGAAUCGCAAGUGCUGACGGAGCUUGCUGAGGAAUCACAAGAGAGAACAGCAAGUCCCGAACCUAUUGAUUGGCCGGACUCACCCGCUCCUGUAGAGCCUGAAGAAAGCACACUGGUUGAGAUCGUAGCAUAGUCUAUCAUCUGAAUCAACUGUGUUGUGUUUGUCCUCGUCUUGAUAUAUAAUUUAUGUGUUGUUUCACUCAUAGUGUCUGCUUCGGCUGAUGUCCGUGAACUCAUUUAUCUUGUCCGAUUGCACAUGCCCAGAUUAUGGAUCUAUAGCAAUUAGUGAAAUACAGUAGAAACAUAUGUAUGAUGAUGCCCAAAUUCAUAGAAUUUG